UCCGUCGAAAAUGAACGUUGCUGAUGACGCCACUAAGUGGAACACUGGUCCGUCCUUCGAUUCUGAUAGCCGAUGGUACAAGGGUCCAUCUUUCCUGCGAGAGCCGAAAGAGCGGUGGCCGAUGCAAUCAACAAAGGAGAUAUCCGGAACUGACGCAGCGAGCGAAGAGGUACAUAUUGUAGCUGUUCACCAAAAGAUCGGGGUAUUGGUUGAAGUAGGACGUUUUUCGAGCUGGAAGCGUCUAGUCCGGACGAUGGUACAGGUGUACCGGGCAGUAAAGGUGUGGAAGCACUUUCUGGGUCGAGAAAAGAGCAGCUCCCUACCAGAGCGGGAUGACUUCGUAAAAGCAGAAGAAGCACUCUGGCGGCAAGCACAGGCUAGCACAUACCCUGAGGAGAUUCGUGAUUUGAAGAAUGGACACAGAGUUCAAAAACGAAGUCCGUUGCAUAAGUUGUCCCCAGUUCUUGACGAGCAUGGUGUUAUAAGGAUGGAUAGCCGGAUCAGCAGUGCUCCACAUGUUUCGUAUGCUGCGAAAUAUCCUGUAUUACUUCCAAGAGAGCAUCGCAUAACGUUUCUUCUUGUACAGGAAUUCCAUCAACGAUUUCUCCACGCCAACGGCGAAACAGUUUGUAAUGAACUACGGCAGCAGUUUUAUGUACCGAAGCUGCGGGUACUCGUGCGGAAAGUGAGCCGAGAGUGUCAGCACUGUAAAAUACAAAGGGCUAGGCCGGUACCACCAUUGAUGGCUCCGUUGCCAAAAGUACGUCUAACGCCGUUCAUUCGACCCUUCACAUUCGUGGGCGUCGAUUAUAUGGGACCGUUCAUGGUCAAGAUUGGACGUAGUAGUGUUAAGCGGUGGAUUUGUCUCUUCACCUGUUUAACAAUUCGCGCAAUUCAUCUGGAGUUGGUGCAUAGCCUUUCAACAGCCUCUUGUAUAAUGGCUUUCCGGAGAUUCGUGGCUAGGAGGGGUGCACCAUCGGAGGUCUUUUCGGACAAUGGCACCAACUUUGUUGGUGCUAAUCGGCAGUUAUCGGAGGAAAAGAGGAAGCUCGAGAAGAUAAACGAAGGUUGUGCGUCCACGUUUACCAACGCGCACACGCAAUGGUAUUUCAAUGUGCCCGUAGCUCCCCAUAUGGGAGGGCCAUGGGAACGCAUGGUGCGGUCCGUAAAAGUGGCAAUGCAAGCUAUAUCGGACAGUCAACGGCACCCCAGCGAUGAAGUGAUCGAGACAAUUAUGAUAGAGGCGGAAGCGAUAGUAAACUCCCGUCCACUCACCUACGUACCACUGGAGGAUGAGAACGAAGCGGCACUCACGCCUAACCAUUUUUUGUUGUACGGAUCGACUGGUAUCAAGCAACCGGCAACAAACCCUGUCGUCGACGGGAACGUACUUCGCGACAGUUACAGAAUGUCGCAACGAAUUGUGAAUGAUUUCUGGAUCAGAUGGACGCGAGAAUACCUGCCGAUGCUGACGAGACGCACAAAAUGGUUUGAACCAGCAAAACCGCUGGAACCCGGAGACUUAGUAAUAGUGGUUGAUGAGACUUCGAGAAACAGUUGGGAAAGGGGUCGUGUUUUGGAGACCUAUCCGGACAAAUCCGGACAAGUACGGCGUGCUAAGAUACAGACCUCUAGAGGAGUUUUCAACCGACCCGCUGUGAAGCUGGCGGUUCUCGAUGUUGCUAUUCACGAUAAGGUCAUGGAAGGCGUUCCCAGGGAACCGGAAGUAGUUCACGGGGCGGGGAAUGUUGCCGAGACCCCUCGUUACGACGAACAGACGGUGAAGCGACUUACCGUUCCCUCAGACUAGUCGGUGUAACGACGUGGAAUGACAACCUGAGAAAGUCAGGGUGAAGGAUCAGACAGCGUAGAUGAGUAAUUCACAACAAUUAGUCAGCAAAUUGAGUCGAUUUGUAUCCCAUCAUAUUUAUAGUUACCUAUUCACAAAAUAUAAGCAUUUGCCUUCAAGUAGCCCACAGACUGCGGUCUAAAUUCAAACCUAACAUACAAGAUUGAUGAUCGUCGGUUUAUCAUUUCACGGUAGAUUGUCCAACAGUAUUAUCGGCACCGAAGUGCACUGAAUUUCCUUGUAGCUGCUUGAUAGCAACUGACAAGACGGUGUUUCUUUCGUGAAACGGGAACACUA